AUGGCGCGCAAUUCAGAAAAAGCGCAGUCUAUGCUCUUCCGGUUCCGCGCUGCACAAGCCGCUGAAUCUGGUCUCAUUCCUGCGGCCAGCCAACGCCGGCCCAAGGCCCCCUCCACCGUCGAUAAGGUGCCCUUGUGUGAAAAAUGGCGCGGCCAAAUCAUCUCAGAAAUCUCGCGCAAGGUGACAAAGAUUCAAGACGACUCCCUGUCAGACUUUCAGAUCAGAGAUCUCAACGAUGAGAUCAAUAAGCUGAUGAAGGAGAAGUGGGGAUGGGAACGGCGUAUACGAGAGCUUGGAGGACCGAAUUAUAUGCGAGGCGGAGGCAUAGUGUUCGAUGAUCAAGGCCGGGAGGUACCUGGUGGCGGGAAAGGGUACAGGUACUUCGGGAGGGCGAAGGAGCUGCCCGGUGUCAAGGAAAUGUUUGAGCGGGCGGCUAAGAGGAGAGCCCACGCCACCGAGGAAGAAGAAUCCGCCAAAAAGCCGCAGCUGGACAUCAAUCGGAGGCACCUCGACGCCAGGUAUUUUGGUUUCGGGCCGGACGAAGAAAACGGGUCGCUGUUGAAAUAUGAGAGGAAGAAAGAAAAAGAGGCUGUCGAGAGAGUGGCGAAGCUGGCCGGCGCGGAAGACGAGGACCCGGAUUGGGAACCCUUACCUGGCGACGGCGGUGAUGGUGUGAGAUGGCGUCUGCCCACGUUGGAAGAAGUUCAAGAGGAGUUGGUGGAUCGAAGACGCAGACAACUGCUUGACAGGCUUGGUUGA